AUGUCACAACAGACUACGAUGAGACAUGAUGAGGAUAAUGCUUUGGUCUCAAAUGAACAGGAUUCAUUAGGUAAUACUAUUGUUAAUCCUUCAUCAUCAUCGUGUUCAACUGAUCUGUCUCAUUUACCAAAAUCAACCAUUCAUGAUUUCCCACCAGAAUUACUAAUUCGAAUAUUUACUUAUUUGGAUCCUAUUUACUUAAAUACUUUAAGAUUAGUUUGUAAACAAUGGAAUCAUACUAUUAGUGAUCGUGAAGUUUGGAUGAAAUCAUUUCAAAUGAGUUUUAAUAUGUCAAUAAAUUCCCUGAGUUUCCCAACUAUUAGUCAAUCACUGAAUUGGCUUCGUGAAUAUUUUACAAGAUUACAAGUGCUUAAAAAUUGGAAAAAAGGAAAUUCCAUGCAUAAAAUGUAUCAGAUCUUGAAUAAUGAAUUUAGAUUUAAUGAUUGCACUAAAGUUGAUUUCAAUAUGAAUAAAAUUUUGAUAUAUAAUACUAAAUUUAAUAGUAUAUCAAUGGGGAAUUUAUCUGAUGGAAGAAAUCAAAGUUUCAUACCAGGAAAUAGUAAUAUGCCUCAAUUAGAUAUCUUGUGUUUUGAUAUAAAUUGGAAAUAUCUAGUUACGGGAUUAAGAAACGGAGAGAUUUAUUUAAAGAAUUUAAAUACUUCAACUUCAGUUUCUCAAAGAUCCAGUACUUUGAGAUUUGGUGCCGAUAAUGAUAAUGAUAAUUCAGCAAUUACAAGUAUGUUAAUGAACAAUGAUAUUGUGAUUAGUGGAUCUCAUGGAGGAUACUUGCGUGUUUGGAAUUUACAAGGGAGUUUAUUAAAAGAGAUUAAAUUGGAAGAGAUGAUUUUAAACAUUUCUAGUGAUUUUAGAAAGUAUAUUGUUGUUAAUACUAGAAAUCAUAUAUUUAUCAUAGAUUAUGCAACAAGUGAAAUUUUAUCCACUAAAGAAAUGGGUUUUGAUAUGAAUGAGUUUGAACCGGACAUGGUUUUGUAUGAUUAUGUGACUAAAUGGAAGAAUGCGUUAGAUGUUGAUUAUGGGUCUCAGAAGAUUAUCAUUUGUUAUGAUUCAUUUAUUAGAGUUUUUAAUUUCUUUGAUGAUUUGGUUCAAAAGGAGUUGAAUUUGGCUAAUGAUGUGAAAAUACUUGAAUCCAGAUUUCAAGUUACCACCAGUCAGAAACUUUUAAAUAGAAAUACAAAUUUGGUUGGUCAAGACGGAUUGUUGUAUGGUAAUUUGUUGACUGAUGGAAGUAUAAUCGUAUGGAAUGUACGUGAUGAAUCAAGGGACAUUGUACCAACUAUUCGAAUUUAUCCUGAGUUGAAUCACAAGAAAUAUUCUAAUGAAAUUAAUCAUGCAAUUGCCAGGGCUGGACAUUCAGGGGUAACAUCGUUCAAUUUAAAUGGGUCAGUUCUUGUUGUUGGUGGGUUCAAUGGUUUAACAAAUGUGUAUGAUAUUUUCACCGGGAAAUUCCUCAGAGAAGUUUCAAUCAAAUUUCUGAAUAAAUUUGCCCACAUGCAACAUUCCUUAGUUCCAAUAACAACUAUAGAAUUAAAUCCAAAUCAAUUGGACAACAACGGAGCUAUUAUAUGUGGAGAUACAGUGCAAUAUUUCGAGUUUGGAGAAAUUACAGGGUUGAGACAAAAAGGGAGUGGACAACGGUUGCAAAAACAAGUCAACAAUGGAAGUAAUAAUAAAAAUGAGCAUAAAAAGAAGAUACGAGAUGAAAUGGAUGAUUAUCAUCUUCAAAUCCAUCAACGUAAUAAAACAAAUGAGAUGUUAGAUAAGUAUAAUGGGACUGCUUAUGAAGAUGAAGACGAAGAGUAUAUGAUGGCAUUGGCUAUUAGUGAAAGUUAUCAUAGUAGUCGAGAAAUGAGUAUAAAUGGAUCGUCAUCACUGCCUGAAUUUUAUGAUCCUGGUAUCACCAGUGGAGGUGGAUUUGAUGAAGAAGAAAUGGAUGAAGAAUUGAGAAGAGCAUUGGAACUAUCGUUAAUAGAACAUUAA